CUCUUUCCAGAUGCCGGUGACAGUAGGACCAUAUGGACAGACGCAGCCCAGUUGCUUUGACAGAGUCAAGAUGGGCUUCAUGAUGGGUUUUACCGUGGGCAUGGCUGCAGGUGCCAUGUUCGGAACGUUCUCCUGUCUCAGGGUCGGCAUGAGGGGUCGAGAGUUGAUGGGCGGAGUCGGGAAGAUGAUGAUGCAAAGCGGUGGCACGUUUGGAACCUUCAUGUCCAUUGGGAUGGGUAUCCGCUGCUGAGAUCACACUAAUGCCACUUCUAAAGUUAUAGAACUUUGAAGCAUUUCUAGAUUCAUCCAUUUGUUAUCAUACCCACAUUCAAGGACACAGGUGUCAAUAAAGACUGAUUAAAA